GAAGCCGUUUCCCCCCGGCUGGCUUUGCCAGUGUGUUGCAGCUCUGAUGUCUGAACAAUGUAGAGCCAGGAAGCUCUCCUGACAACAUAUUGUUUGUAGCCUAUCAUGUAACCUUACGGACAUUUAUUUAUCUGCCCGCUUCGUGUCCACCGGAGGCCCGCGGCCUGGAGGAAAUGUGGCCGAUGAGAGAGCACGACUGUCGGUGUAGCUGUCAACGAUACCGGGCAUGAUGAUGAUGAUGAUGAUGAAAUGGUCGCGUUUUGACUGAAUCUCACGUUCACCGUUAUUAAAACUUUUUUUUUUUUUUUCCAAAAUGAGGAUGUUAACGUCUCUGCUGAAAAACGCCAACCCAAAGAUCGAGUAUUACUCCAGGUUUUCUCCGUCCCCUCUCUCCAUUAAGCAGUUUCUGGAUUUUGGCAGGGAGAAUGCGUGUGAAAAAACAUCCUACAUGUUCCUGCGUAAGGAACUGCCGGUACGAUUGGCGAACACCAUGAGGGAGGUGAACUUGCUACCCGAUAACCUGCUCAGUCAGCCCUCCGUCAGACUGGUGCAGAAAUGGUACAUGCAAAGCUUUGUGGAGCUGCUGGACUACGAGAACAGAAAGCCGGAGGAUCCUCACGCUCUGAACGAUUUCCUGGAGCUCUUGAUUGAGAUCCGUAACCGUCACAAUGAUGUAGUUCCCACCAUGGCUCAGGGAGUCAUCGAGUACAAGGAGAAGUUCGGCUUUGACCCUUUUAUCAGCAGCAAUAUCCAGUAUUUCCUUGACCGCUUCUACACCAACCGUAUCUCUUUCCGCAUGCUCAUCAACCAGCACACUCUCCUGUUUGGUAACGACACCAACCCUGCCCAUCCGAAACACAUAGGCAGUAUUGAUCCCACCUGCAGCGUGGCUGAAGUCGUCAGCGAUGCCUAUGACACCGCCAAGAUGUUGUGUGAGAAGUACUACUUGGCUUCUCCCGAGCUGAAGAUUGAAGAGUUCAACAUGAAGGCCCCUAAAAAGCCCAUCCAGGCGGUGUAUGUGCCCUCUCAUCUGUUCCACAUGCUGUUUGAACUCUUUAAGAACUCAAUGAGAGCCACAGUGGAGCUGCAUGAGAACAGUCCAGAGGGAUUACCACCAGUCAAGGCAAAGGUCACUCUUGGUAAAGAGGAUCUGUCCAUAAAGAUCAGUGACAGAGGAGGAGGAGUUCCUUUGAGAAAGAUAGACCGUUUGUUUAACUACAUGUACUCCACUGCCCCUACACCCAGUCUGGAGCCAGGAGCCGUCCCACUGGCUGGUUUUGGCUACGGUUUGCCGAUUUCUAGGCUCUAUGCCCGAUACUUCCAGGGGGAUCUGAAACUCUACUCCAUGGAGGGCGUGGGCACGGACGCAGUCAUCUAUCUGAAGGCCCUGUCCAGUGAGUCCUUCGAACGCCUGCCUGUCUUCAACAAGUCAGCGUGGCGGCAUUACAAGACCAGCCCAGAGGCCGACGACUGGAGCAACCCCAGCAAAGAGCCACGCGAUGCCAGCAAGUCCAAUUACAAAGCCAACAGAUAACUCUGCCCGGCCCUCUAAAACCCAGCCCUCUGCUGGGAGCUCAAAUACCUGCACCCUGCCCUCGAGCAUGUUCGAUGAAAUGUUGCCCUUGGGUAACCGCUUGGUUUAUAGGAUCAGACUUGCCUUUACAUUCCAGUGAUUAAAGAUCUGGAAAAGAUGGACGACCUUGACUUAUAUGUGUACCCAAUGGCAAUGACAUUCAUCAGCGUAGCUUUCAUUGUUGUGGCAUUACCACUGGCUUUCCCAGGAUUGGAGUUUAAAAUGAACCUCUUCCAAAUUAUAGCUCCCCCUCUGUCACUGAGUGAGGUAAAUCUUGUGAAUCUUUACUAAUGCCGACUUUAUUUUCUCCUUUAUCUGGACAUUAAUUUAAGCUGAGUUCACUGCAUCGCUGUUAACCCUCCCUCUGUCUCAUGCACAGUUUGUCCUGACUCGUACGUGCUGACUAGGACCACUGCUUCCUGUGGCUGAAUAAGCCGUGCACUGCUGAUUGAGUGUCUUUCUCGCCAUCAGUCAAAGCUUGUAUUCUGUUUUCUGCCUCUCGAACACAAGCAGAGUGAGGGGGGUUUGAGUUUCGGUGCAAAUGGGAAGAAAAGGAGGAGGAGGAGGUUUCAUUUCCAUCCUUUGGGAGACACUUUUGAUUGAACGCACAAUUAGGCCAGUGUGUCAUCGGCAUAAUAAAGACUUGUUUUGGACUCCGUUUAAGCCUGAGGAAAUGAAAGAGAGGAUUGCGUUUAGAUGAGACAAAAUUACAACUACUUUCUAAAAGAUUAUCGGAAGAGUACACCUUAUAUUUAAAGAACUUGUUUUUUUUGAAGCCUCAUCUUUUGAAAAAAUCUGUCUUAAAGGCUCUACUGGAACUCAAAGUUAAUUUAUAAUGAAACAGUGUUCGAGAUAUAAUAAUUAUUAUAUAAUAAAAUAUAUUAGAAAUAUAUUUUACUACUUCACUCAAAGAAAUCGACUAAACACCCACCUACAAGCAAUACUUACCCUCAUCUGACAUUUCUGCUUGCAAGCCAGCUCUGCACUCUGAUUUAACACCUACUAAAGGACCAAAGGAGCGUCUGUAGGACGCUUAUUAAAUGGCCACCAUGCCAGCUUUGUUAUGUAGCUUCAGCCACACCAGCAUGAUGUAAUGUACGAACCCUCGCAGAGAGGUACGGACCUGUUGCAUCUAACAAGGACCACCCAAGUGGGAACACAUUAUCACAUUUUGCUUUCUGCCCCUCAUCCUGCCGCGGUGGAUACGAAAACACGCUCACAGCUUGGAUCGUUCGCUCUAACAACGCUUCAUCCAAUCAGACUUCUGUCUCACUUGUACUAUUACUAACCCUUACAGUUUUCUGAACGAGUUUGAGCUCAAGUGUUUUUAAAAUGUGCUCAUGACAUGGACAUUGAAUAAAAAUAGAAUGCAGCUAAAAAGGGACUUCUAGCUGACAGGUCUUAAUUUAUUUUUUUGUCAGGAACAAAGACACAGUUAAAGAACUACUUUUUUAGGCGAUUGCACUGUUUUUCUUCUACUUCCCAUGUUUGAAAUUUUGAACAAGACUGCUUUUUGAUGAUUUAAUAAUUUUUCUGUGAUUAUUUUUACGUGUGUGGACAGUCCACUUCAUUUCUUUAUUUAAAGAAUAGGAAAGCAGCGUUUUGGAAUAAAUCUGCAGGGGAAACAUGUGGUCAAAGGAGCCACUAAUUACUGGGUACUGAAAUAUUGCUUCAAACCAAUCUGAUGUUUGUCACAUGAAUCAUAUUAGGAACUUUUUUGGUGCACUUUACUAACCUGACAUGCAUAUUUUUUACUUCAAAUAACUUUCAUAUAAUCAUUUCAGACAGCUGUCAAGAAUUUCCUUAUGAGAUCAUUUGUGAUCUGGGAGAUGCCAGGUCACCACUUGCACUCUUAAAACCGUCAUAAUAGCGACAUCAUUUCUGGAACUACUGACCAAACCUUCCUGAAACGUGACCCAAACCUGGUACUGUUUGUUUGGACCAGAUGAUCUCAGUGAUAUGAAGUGACUUCCUUUUCUCAUCUCCUUCAGCUCCAUCUGAUGUGAAAAGAGUAUAGAUGAAGAAUUCAGGGAGGGGAAAGCUUCCUCAUCCUUUUCAGCCUCACUGUAAGAUUUCAUCACUGCCAAUGCCUUCGUAAACCUGCCAGUCUCACAGAGUGACGCUCAGUGACAGUGAAUCUGCUGUAAAGACAGAGACAGAGACAGCAGUCCUCUUCGUUUAAAGGCCUCAGUUCACCGCCCUCGAUGUGUGGUCUCCCUGCAAACCAGUCGUGAUCACGUUUAAAAGCCAAGACUGAACAACGGUUUCAAUUCCACUUGUGUGAUUUCGAGGCCUGAGGAUCUUUCAUCUUCAGUAGUUUGUCAACCUUCACUGUUUCUGUAUGGUAUUUUAGAGAUUAUUGUGUAUAUGACUAAUAAUAAUGUGUGGAGUGAUCACUGUGUUUUCCAUCCUGAUGUACCUCCAGAUUAGACAAAUGUAUUUGUAUGCAUGAACUCCUCACUGUGGAGGUGGUCAUGCAAAGAUAUGCAAAUAAUGCAACAUGGACCUAUACCAAAAAGGUGAUGGAGCAGUCUAAUGAUGUGAUCCAGCAUGAGGUCAACCUACAUUGUCGAAAAAUGACAAUAAAGAAAAUUGCUGUUGUG